AACGAGUCAGAGCGGAUUGGAGGCAGGCAGAGGAAAGAUGGCAGCCGCGGCAGUGGCUGAGUUUCAGAGAGCACAGUCUCUUCUUGGAACAGACCGGAAUGCCUCUAUCGAUAUCCUACACUCUAUCGUGAAGCGGGACAUCCAGGAGAGUGAUGAGGAGGCGGUGCGUGUUAAAGAGCAGAGCAUCCUGGAGCUGGGUGGGCUGCUGGCCAAGACAGGACAGGCUGCAGAGCUGGGCGGUCUGCUGAAAUAUGUGCGGCCCUUCCUCAACUCCAUCUCCAAGGCGAAGGCGGCCAGGUUGGUCCGCUCCCUGCUGGACCUGUUCCUGGACAUGGAGGCCGCCACAGGUCAGGAGGUGGAGCUCUGUCUGGAGUGCAUAGAGUGGGCCAAGGCUGAGAAGAGGACCUUCCUCAGACAGGCUCUGGAGGCUCGACUCAUCUCGCUGUAUUUCGACACAAAGUGCUACCAGGAGGCACUACAGCUCGGCUCCCAGUUGCUGCAGGAGCUGAAGAAGAUGGACGACAAAGCUCUGCUGGUGGAGGUUCAGCUGCUGGAGAGCAAGACAUACCACGCGCUCAGCAACCUGCCCAAGGCCCGUGCCGCCCUCACCUCCGCCAGGACGACCGCCAACGCCAUCUACUGCCCACCCAAACUACAAGCAGCUUUAGACAUGCAGUCAGGGAUCAUUCACGCAGCGGAGGAGAAAGACUGGAAGACGGCGUACUCUUACUUUUACGAGGCCUUUGAGGGUUACGACUCCAUCGACAGUCCCCGCGCCAUCACAGCUCUCAAAUACAUGCUGCUCUGCAAAAUCAUGCUCAAUCUGCCUGAGGAUGUCCAGGCCCUCAUCAGUGGCAAGCUUGCUCUGCGGUACGCUGGCAGACAGACAGACUCACUGAAAUGUGUCGCACAAGCCAGCAAGAACCGGUCGCUGGCAGACUUUGAAAAGGCAUUAACAGAGUACAAAGCAGAGCUGAGGGAUGACCCCAUCAUCAGCACCCAUCUGACCAAACUGUACGACAACCUGCUGGAGCAGAACCUCAUCAGGGUCAUCGAACCUUUCUCCAGGGUCCAGAUAGCACACAUUUCCUCCCUCAUCAAACUAUCAAAGGGGGACGUGGAGAGGAAAUUAUCACAGAUGAUCCUGGACGAGAAGUUUCACGGUAUCUUGGACCAAGGUGAGGGUGUGCUGAUUGUGUUCGACGAGCCGGUGGUGGACAAGACGUACGAGGCGGCCCUGGAGACCAUUCAGAACAUGAGCAAAGUGGUCGACUCGCUCUACAACAAAGCCAAGAAGCUCACAUAAGACAGAGCGGGACCAUGGCUCCUCCUGUCAGGAGUGACGUGGGCCAGUCAGACCUCCGCUGUGCGCUCACUUCAACCGGGGAGGGACGAGGCGAGGAGGACGAGGAGAGUACAAACACUCAACAACCCAGCAAGCAAAUAAACCAGCCGACCAACCGGAGACAACCCAACAGAACAACAACGUGAGGGAGCGCACACGCCGCUCCUCCUGCUCCACCCUCACUCCUCUGCUCUCCCUGUCUCCUGUCUCCUCCUUCCUAUCUGACCGGGGUUGAUCCGCCUCGAUGGCUCCUCCCUGUGGACAAAUUCAGGCACUGUGCCCCUCUUCUCUUCUCCUCCACUGGUUUCUACUGUAUGUAAAUUGGACGAGCCUCUCUGCCCUCCUCUUCCUGUUUCUCUCUGCGCUGGCCAUCAGGGAAUCUUGUAAAAUAACAGUAAAGAAAACGUAUACAGUACUUAUACAUACAUGUAUUAUAUAAACAACAUGCUCGGUCUGUCCUCAGAGUGUAACCGGGGGUAACCGUGGGUUGGUUGGUGUGUCUCUCACCGGAUUCGACCUGUUGUGUUCAGUUCACCGGCCGGCCCCAAAACUGAAUGUUUGAGUUUCUCUGAUUUCCUGCGGUUUGGAAGAAUCGCCUCACGGGUCGCCUGACGAAUGAAAACGGCGGCCGCCUUCUCCUCACAUCCUCACCAUGACCUUUGACCCCUCACCCGUUUCACCCUGAGUGCUCUCACUCACUCACAAGGCAUUCUGGGAUUCGUGGACCAUACAGGGAACCUGCUCUUUGUCCACUUUGGGACCACGCCACAAGGAGAGGAGGACAUUCAUCAACACGCCGGGGUGUCCUGCGCCCCCUUCCUCCCCCCCUGCACUCCCACUUCCUGUUUGUAUAUAACAUUGCCAAGCGCCUCAGUUCAUCCCAGGCCUGAUGUAUUCACACUGUCCCCUUUUUUUAUAACACGUAAGAACAGAAUAAAGCUCGCCGCUGAGAGCUGGGUCGGUCACACAAAGUGCUUUUGAUGCUGACUGCAGAGGGAACUCUGAGACCAGAAAAGGGCGCUGAAGAAAAUCAAGCUGUACAUUUUUGGGAACUUAAUUUUGCAA